AUAACAUGAACAAUAAUGAACAUAAUAAUACCAGCGACGUUCCCAAUCAUAAUAACAGCACCUAUUCGCACACCCACACAGGACGAACUAGAACAGAGAAUCAGGGUGGCCUAUAACUACAUCUUCCUCCUCUACUGUGACUCAGACAAGAGAGUCCUUCCUAACGGGGGCUACUGCCUUAAUGAACAAGACAUCUUAGACCGGUGGAACUCUCUUUGGGACGGAGAGAUGUGCGCCUCGCUGGAAGAGAUCUUCAGCGGAGCGACUGUUCUGGACAUGGGGGCAGGGAGAGCCCACUACGGCCGAUGUUUCCUCCGGGCGAAGGAUAACGUCGUAAGAACAAAUAACAAGAGAGAAGUCGAACGAAUGAACCGCAUGUAUACAGAGCAGAUGGAAAGGGGAGGUCUACUGAACAAGCAUCAGGUGGUUAAGUCUUGGACAGGCUACGACGGCGCCCUAAACAUAGAAGACAUCACAGGGGGCUUCGUUCAUUACGCCGAUAUCUCUCAGCCCGUUCACUUCGGCAGGAAAUAUGACUGGGUUUUGAGUCUCGAAGUGGGCGAACACAUUCCGAAGAAGUUUGAAACGAAUUACGUUGAUAAUCUUGUCAGACAUGCGUGCAAAGGUAUAGUGGUCAGCUGGGCGGUGAUUGGUCAGGCAGGUCAUCAUCACAUCAACAACCAACCAAUGGCGUACGUUCAAGAUCUGUUUGAAUCUCGCGGGCUUUUGGUCGACGAAGAAGCACAGGAAAAACUGAGGGAGCAUUCACAACUUAAACAUUACAAACAUGUUUUUGUUUUUAGAGUGCCACGUGAUAGGAGUUGCUGAGUUGGAACUGUCUGUCUUGUCUAUGAUGCUGACGGAUAGUGGCUAGAUAAAUGUCAGUAGUUUUUUUUUUUUUUUAGAUUUCAUUAAAUUAAUGGUUUUUGACUUGGUUUUGUACUGUUUCCCCCAAAACAUAGCUUUGUAUUUGUUUCGCGUGCUUUGCCCUAAUAAAGUAAUUAAGGGAAUA